AUCAUACUGUUUGGUAACCAGUCGAUAAUAUCAUUUAGGCAUCUCAAAGGGCCAAUCCGCCACAGCUAAGAGCAGUGUCCAGGCACUCCGUGAUGCGUCGUGACUAUGACUUGAUCUUAGCCUUGGUAUAUUGGCCAUAUAGAACUCGUGCCUUAUUAGAUAAUACCCAGGGGAAAGAAAUACAAAAAGGCAAGGGCAUUCGUGGAAAUAAGACAUUUCCCGACCUGUAGCCAAACACCUGAGCAUACUGAUUGGGUCGAAACUGAAACCUCCCGUGCAGGUGACAGCCUGACAAACCGUGGUGUUGAGAGAUGACAUCACUUACAGCACAAGCUACUGGCACAGGUGAUAUUUAAGAGCUACAAGGACUAGGCUUCAGUUGGAAUGAAAAAACAUAACAAAUUGGGAUCUUGUCCAGGAUUAUGUUUCCCAAUGAUUAUGAACAGAGAGACGCUGCCAGUAAACCGGAGACAAGCAGGGUGCUGCUGUUUGUAGUAGUGUGGUGAUUCAAUGGUACCUGCUGGGCUUACUCUGCUCGGACCAUGGAGUUUGGAUGUCUCCUCUUCCUUCUUGGGUCUUCAGGGGUAGUCAUCACUCAGUCUGACACAGCCGCUGAAGAUACUGACUGGAGUGAUGUCAUCGUGACAAGUGUGGGCAGGGCUGUCACCUUGCCCUGUGUUGAUUGGCCUCUCAUGGGUUUUGUGACAAUUAAUUGGAAGAGGAAGUCUCCUGGCAUGCACGACUGGAAACUGGUUCUCUCGGCCAGUGAGAAGGAGCGGUUCUUUGGCUCAGCCGCAAAGGCUUACAUGCAAUUGGCUGACUCAAACUUUCAUAAAACAGGGAAUUUCUCUCUACGGUUUGCCCCACAAAGUGAGGAUGAGGGUCGGUACUCCUGUCUGAUAAGUCAACAAAAGAAGAAACUGAGAGAGAAGAUCAUAUUAUUAGUCAUUCUCACAGUCUCUGUCUUUCCUUCAUCCCCUGUCCCUCAGCAAAGCACCCUUCUUCUGACAGCCGAGGUGUCCCCAGGCUUUGCUAUUUCCAGGGUAACCUGGCUGUCCCCUGGCGGGACCCCCUUGAGGAUGGCAAAGACAUUGGGAGUUGUGGUCGCCAAACUGCCCCAGAUACGUCCCAAUGACCAGGGGAAAUAUAUAUGCCACUUUCACCCCAGGGGCAACAGCAGCACCCCUCUAUUCCCUUUCAGUGUAGACGUCGCUGUGCAUGGUGUGAAUGUGGUCUCAUUCACCAAUAUAACACAUGGUGUCCUGAAAUCUACUGCCAGUGUCAGCCAGUACCCGCUCACCAUCACCUGCUCUCCAAAGAAGGGCGACUAUGUGCUUCUUUACUGGCGUCCCCCAGACAAAAAAUCUGAGAUCACAUCUCUUAUCUACGAGUACGACCGCUGGAGGGACCGCACAGUGACCGCACAGAGCAAGACUACUCCCCAGCUGAGCCUGGAUGGGCUGAAAUCAUCCCCAAAAGACGGUUUGUUCUCCUUCCUGGUGCACCCGCGGCUUAAUGAUGGAGGUCUGUACAUUUGUGAGGUGUUCCUUGAUGACACCGUGUUCAGCCAAAGGACCCAGCUCAGCAUCCUCCAAGUGAAUGCCGGUCCUUCUCUAUCAUGCCUCGUCCUGACCUGUCAGUAUACCGAGCGCUCCCAGGUGAAGCAGGUGUUGUGGAAACAUCAGAACAAGAGUCGUACUUUGAACUGGAGCGCAUUAAACCCAGGUCGCCUUAGCACAGAGGUCGUCCUCCCUCCCACCAAGGAAACGGCUGGAAUCUACACCUGCUCAAUGGAACUGAAGAACGGAUUGAAGAUCAAAGCUGUCUACACCAUCACAUUGCCUCCUAAAGAGAAUACAGAGAGUCCUGGUUCUGUCUCUCCUCCUUACCCAGAGAGCAACAGCACCUCCUUUCUUCCUUCCCUUUCUGCUUUAUUACUCCUGGUGCCCCUGGUUGCUGCAGUUGCUGGUGUGUUGCUACUGAGACAGAAAACCCUUUCUCGCCGUGGUAUUGAACAGUCUCUGUCCCACUACUCUGGGGAAGUGGAGAACAUCUAUGAGAAUCCUGAGGAUGUCAGACAGGCUUCUCCCCAGAGCUCAGUGUACAUGGACCUGAAGCCCAGAGGGGAUGAUGAUGUCUAUAAGGAACUGGACCGGAGUCCUUGAACCUUCUGUUAAGCUCCACAUCUUUAUUGGCAACAACUUGAAGCAAGAUUCUCCACCAACUGGACAUCUAUUUUUAAUGGGAUAGAUCUGUUCAGGACAUAAGUAUUUAGACUGUUUUUUAUAUUUUGUUGCCAAUGUUUCUCUGUGAAAAUAAAUAAACGAACAUCCCAAAAUAAACUGGUCCAAAGAAUUGUCUCUAAUU